GUAGUUCCGGUUCCGUCACCCAGACACGUGAAGGUCGGCGAGUCUCUUUAGUGCUCGCCUCGGCCCGCGUGGUCGUGCCGGGAUGGAGUCCUCCUCGUCCUCUUCGGGCUCCGCUCUGGGCGCCGUGGACCCUCAGUUGCAGCAUUUCAUCGAGGUGGAGACGCAGAAGCAGCGCUUCCAGCAGCUGGUGCACCAGAUGACGGAACUUUGCUGGGAGAAGUGCAUGGAUAAGCCUGGGCCUAAGUUGGACAGUCGGGCUGAGGCCUGUUUUGUGAACUGCGUUGAACGCUUCAUUGAUACAAGCCAGUUCAUCUUAAAUCGACUGGAACAGACCCAGAAGUCCAAACCUGUCUUCUCAGAAAGCCUUUCUGACUGAUCUCAGCAUUACCUCUUUGGAAAAGUAGUUCAAGAAUUGAAGAGCUGCUGAUGAGGUGGUUGAAGAAAUGGCUAUGGGGGGAUUAACUCCCAAUUUUCUUUAUCGUCUUGGGACAUCUUGUCACCUGAGAAUGAACAAAGACCAAUUUUUAUGUAUGGGAGUUGAGAGUCAUGUGUAUUUGGUUGUGUUUUUAAAGCUAAUCAUGUGACAAUAAUUGACAGAUAAAUGAAAGUGUGAGAUGCAUAUAACUGUAUAUGGGACUGGGCUUUCUCAAGGUCCCUUCACUGCUUGAUAAAAUAAUUUUGAUAGUGGAACUGCUUUCUAGAAUUUGAUAGUGGGACCACAUAGGGUAAAUCUUGAUUUGUAUGGGUUCAUUUCUGAUUUUUUUAGGGAGAUCUUUGUGUCAGUCAAAUUGGCAGUGGGGAAAGAUCCUGGCACUGUUUGAACUGUGAGCUUUCUUUCACGUCUGACCUGGAGCUGAAAAAAAGUCCUAUGGCGUGUUCCUGCAAUCCAACUUCUUGGGUUGUCUCUCCCCUACACUGUGACUUACUUAACUCGCGAAUUGAAAAUAUGGUCUCAAGGUAGAACAGGAAGCCUGAGAAUCCAAAGGGCUUUAGUCAUAAAAGAAUCUAGCUCAUGAGUACUAUUCUUACUACCAGACAGCCACGAGAGGAAGCUAAGUUACUUUGUAUAUCCGGAUGCAAAACAUUCACAGAUGUGCCUAAAGAAAUAGCGCUUUAGGCCAGUUCAGAACUAACAACAGUUUCAGGUAGAGGUGCAUGCCUGAUGUUAGUCAUCGAUUCCAUUAACUGCAUUCUUUUGGUCACUGAAAUAAAAGCUCGCAAGAUCAAUGUUGUGAUGAA